AUGCAAAACUUCCGAUUAGGCUACAAGCUAAAGCUGUUUUGUGAGGCUCAUGGAAUGCCGCUACCGGAUCUACGAUGGUAUAAGGACGGUGUUGAAAUUCGUACACGACCUGGAGUUCGGGUACGCAAUCAAGUCGGCAAUUAUUCGAUCGCUUCUCAUUUGGACAUCGAUCCGGCUCAAAUGCAGGACGCC